UCAAGUGUUUCUCUGCAGCCAGAGAGCUAGCAGGAAGUGCAGCUCGGGUGCUCUCCACUCCUCUCAUCAAUGCAGCUUUCAUUCUCUCUCGGUGGGGCAAAAUGGAAGCUGUACAAAAGGACCACUGGUACUUCGUGGUACUCAUCUUUCUUCCUUUUCUCAAAGUUGCUGUCCAGGAGAAAGAGGUGGUUCGUCUGGAGGAAGGGAUGGUUCUCAGCUGUUUGUGCCCCUGGGAAGGCAACCUCAGCAUGGUGUCCUGGACCAAAACACCAGACAAAGAUCCGGUAGCCGUUUUCCACCCAGAGUUUGGUGUGGCCUUUCAUCAGCAAUACCGCGAGAGGAUAGAGUUCCUGAGGACCACGCAUAUGGAUGGAAGUAUUUCCAUGAGGAACGUCACUCACCAGGAUAUUGGGCUAUACCACUGCUCUGUUCAGACCUUCCCACAGGGCCCCUGGACAAGGAACGUUCAGGUGGAAGAUUUAGAUGAACCCCCAGAAGAAGGCGAUGAUACCACAGAGCCCCCCACCCCAGAGGUCCUCAAGACGGACACAGAGUUGGUGGAGGAGCAGAACAACAACCUGAACAUCAGCUGUAACCGCAAGCACAACGGCACCGUUUACCAGGUCAUUUUGGAGAAGAUGCCUCACAGCCAGCCCUGGGUCAUUAUUGGAGUGUGUAAGAAGGUGGAAGGAGGCCUUGUGAACGAAGACUACAGCGACAGGGGCUGGGUCAGCUGCACAGACAGCCUGGAUGUCAGCCUGCACCUGACAGGUGUGGUGCUGGAAGAUGGUGGUUUCUACCGCUGUACUUUUAGCACAGAUGAAGGGGUGCAGACCACCACCGUGAAGCUCACUGUUACUCCUCCAGCAGGUGGAUUCAGCCUGUCCAUGUACAUGAUGUACAUUUACAUCGGGGCUGGAGCUGCUGGGCUUGUUCUACUCAUUGUCAUCAUCAUACUUGCAGUGAGGCAUAGGAAGAAUAACAGGAGAGAGGAGUACAGAGUCAAACUGCACCCAUCUCACAGACAGCCAAACUUCUAUGAGAACAUCUCUGUGUGUCCCAGGCAGAAGAAAUGCAGGCAGAUAAGAAACUGCCCGGUGUAUGCCAACCUGCAGACUGUACGAUCACACAAAACCCAACGUCGGCUUCAUGAUAAAUGAGCAUACAUAAAUAUGAUGUACUGCAUAAUGUGAACGUGUAUUGUACCUGUCAGUGUGCCCUCAGCCUUUCACAAACAAAGCAGAUUCAUGUACAUAGGAGAUAAAAGAAAAACAUAUAUUGACUAGCACUCAUUAUUUAUUAGAGUUUUUUUUAUAUUAAUAUUCAUACUGUGGUUUGAAAUGAGGUGACAAGCUGGUGCUCAUGUACGUCUCAGGAAGCUGACAGGUUUGUUACGAGUCGAGCCCUGCUCCCUCUAAUUAAAUGUACCAUGUAUUUCAUAAUUACUGCUGAGGAAAUAUUUGUUUUGGGCAAAACAAUAUUUGACAGUAACCGUCAUGCAAGAAGAGCAGACAAAGGCCUGUAUAAUCAUUCUUUACACUCCCUUAACCCCCGAGUAAAGCAAUUGACAAAAGCCUGCGUAAUUGCUCUCCUUUUACUUUCAUCCCUCCUGGUUUCCAUUCAAAGCUUGACAAUGGUGUCUAAUCAUCUAACUGAAAAGAAAAGCAGUCACUCAGCACUGUACCGUCACUUGAGACCGCUGUUUUCCCCAAAGGGCUCUCUGUCUAGGAUGGCUGCAUUCUACUUACAGCACGCUCUUAUUAUGAAAGCUAAACUCUAAUUAGCUAAUCCUGUGCUUUAGUUUUUAACUCCUUAUACUUUGUCUAUCUACUGUUUAUUUUUGGAGGUCUUUUUUUUUUUACUUUACUAAUUUUUCAUGCUGUGUGUAUUCUGUAUUUUAUUUCUAAGUUUGCCUAUAUGCUUUUGUAAAUUAAUGGUAGCGCAAUUACUGUAAGAUGUGGAUUGUUGGUGUGUAAUCUCAAUUAAUUUAUCUCCAUAGAAAUGGAGGCAGAGGCAGUAAUGGAUAUGCAGGCUAUCCUGCUACAAGACAAAUGCGGACAAGCUAGAAAUGUGGAACAUAAAGGGACAAUAUAGUUUGGAUUCACAUGUUUUUGCCUUCAUUCUCUCAUCUUGCUGUUCCAAACAGUAGAAGCUGCAACUUUACAUUGGACUGCGAUACUUGUGAAAAUGUGUGGGUGACCAGCAAUACUGAAACUGAUGUGUGUGACUAUAAAUGAUUCCAUGUGGUAAAAAAUAAAACAUGCAUAACCACUA